AUGUCUAUCUUAGAUGACUUCCCUUACCAACAUUCCCGGACUCUGGAGAAGAGCGAAUUGCCAGAAGAAUAUUUCCACAUCCUUCCUUUUCGAGUAUCUAGGCCCAGAGAGGGGAUGUUAGAAACUGCGAGGGCGGCGAAGUCUGAAUGGGCCAAAGUUGUCGGCAAGGAGGAUGCCCCUCUCACUGCAGAGGAAAUAGAUGCCCCUUUGAUGUACGUGAUGCCAGAAUGUCCUCCAGACAUGGUGGCUUCUAUAAUGCGUUUUGGCACUUUUCUAGUGCUAUGGGACGAUGAAACGGAUGCUCUUGAUGGCGAGAAACACAAAGUAAUUACAGAUGAUUAUUGCCUUGGUCUUAUCUCAGAGUGCAAACUAGGAAAGCUUUCACCUUGCGACUUUGGAAUCAACAGCCUAUACCUUGAUUCAGUUUUUCAAUUACUGAAACAGACUACUGGCGAUGAUCAUGCUUACAAGCGUGCGUUGCAAGUAUUUGAACAUAUCAUGAGAUCACAGCCUGUUCCUCCUCUUCAUUCCGUGACCUUUGAAGAGUAUAAAAAGGUUCGAACCGUGACUAUUGCAGGAAAGCUGAUCGAGGUUCUGCUACCUUCUAUACAUGGCUUAAGAAUAAGCCAGGAAGAACAAGAUUCCGUUUCAUCAAUAAUUGAACAGGGCUGUCUGGCCGUGGGCUUAGCAAAUGACCUUUAUAGUUUCCCAAAAGAAUUUGAAGAGCAUACCAAGAGCGGGAAUAUUGAUGUAAUACACAACGCAAUGGCGGUUCUGAUGUCGAAUUACGGUUAUACGGAAGAAGAAUCCAAAGAGAUCCUGAGACAGGAGAUUUUGUCUGUCGAGCGAGAUGUUCUGGACGCAUAUGAGUCUUGGAAAAAUUCUCCUGUAUACAAGCCAUCUGAUUUGCGCCGCUAUAUGGUUCUUGCAAUGUUGGCCCUUGGAGGCGGAUGUUAUUACCAGGCCCGCUCACCCCGAUACCACGGAAGAAAGCUCACUACGUCUGCGACAGAUCGUGCUCAGCUAGUCGGGCGCAGCCAUACAGCUUGGAAACUCCGAGGCUACUCUCCCCCGGAAUCAUUUAAGAAAGACGGAGCACUCUUAAAUUCAGAAACAGAGUCUACAAGACCGGAAAAAGAAAAAGGUGAAGGCACUACUGCGUCAGAAACACCAGAUAUUCUAGCACCCUUUGAAAAGGCAAUGGCAGAGCAUCUAUGCAUGGCACCUUACAAUUAUACGAAAUCCCUCCCUGGGAAGAAAACUGUCGGCAGAUUAGUUGAAUGCUUGCGGGUAUGGUUUCAAUUGCCUGAUGAUUCCGGUGACGUCAUAGAGAAUGUGAUCAGUACGCUGUUUCACUCAACGCUUAUGAUUGAUGACAUUGAAGAUGGGUCAAUUCUUCGGCGUGGGAAGCCAGCUGCACAUACUGUAUUUGGCAUGAGCCAGACUGUUAAUAGCGCAACGUAUCUGUAUUCUAGAGCAACCACUCAGCUGGAAUUACUGAAAAGCCCUGAGUGCAGAAAAGUCUUCCUCGAUGAACUAGAAACGCUUGCCUUCGGGCAAACUCUUGACCUCUACUGGAAAUUCCACAAGACUUGCCCAAAAAUCCAGGAAUAUCUCACAAUGGUUGAUAACAAGACCGGAGGAUUCUUUCGAAUGGCACUGCGGCUUACACAAGUCGAAGCGAAAUCUGAGCCAUGUCAGGAUCUUUCUCAUUUAAUAACAUUGAUGGGAAGAUACUAUCAAAUUCGGGAUGAUUACCUGAAUUUGACGUCUCAAGAGUACACUGCCAAGAAAGGAUUCUGCGAUGAUCUCUCGGAAGGCAAAUUUUCUUUCCCUCUUAUUCAUACCCUGCAGAAUAGCCCGACAGCAGACGUUGUACGUGGCCUACUAUUCCGUCGGGAAAAUGGCACUGGAGAUCUUACACCGGAGGUCAAGGCUUAUAUUGUCUCUGAAAUGAGAUAUGCAGGUAGCCUGACCUACACACGAGAUACACUGACAGGCCUCUUUGACGCUAUGAUGGAAGGCUUGGAAAGAGCAGAGGCUAGUCUUGGUAUUAAUAAAAGGUUGAGAGCUUUCUUAAUUUGGUUGAAAGUAGAAUAG